AUGUGUUACUUGCAGCAUCCAAAAGAUGUGCAGAAAAAGGCACAAGCCGUGAAGAGGAAGCUUGAAAGUGACCUCGCAGCGGAGAGCAAACGACGCUAUGACACUUCGACAUCAGAAGAAGAUGAGGGACUUGUUGCAGAACGCGAACUAAAGCUGACUGAAAAGCAUGCAGGAAUACUCGAGAAGCAAGUAGAAGCACUCGAAGAGAAAGUAGGAGCACUCGAGAAGCAAGUAGCAAAACACAAGAAGCAAGCAGAAGUCGACAAGAAGCAAGUAGAAACACUUGAGGAGCUUAUUGAAAAGCUACGACGACAAAAUGAUCAGCUGCAAGCAGCUCUCACGUCCCAGCUGUUAGAGAAGGCAGUCCCUGAUGCAGGACGUGCAAGUAUCGCAGGAACCGCAGCCGAUGCCAUGAACGAGACUCUGCGGCAUGAAGGGCUUACGUCGACUCCUGACAGCAAAGAGAGCUCUACUUCUGUCUCACGCCAGAGCCCUGCGGCAGACGACUGGCUUGAAGAAACAUCAGACUCACCUCUGCAUACCGACGAAAGUGGCGACAGCGCAUCAACUUUGAGACCGGGAAGCCCAUUAACCGCACAAACGUUUCAUGUUGAAAACAAAAAGAUACACCUAGGGAACGGCAUCUGGAUGGCAGUGGAGAAAUUUAACCACAUCAUUGCGUUCGGAGACGAGAAAAAGGCACUAAGGGAGGCGGCUAUCUCCCUUUUUUCAACUGCUGGCUUGCUCAACAAGAGUAUCACGGGACUUCCAUCAAAUAGGCUCAUAGCCAGCGGAGCUGAGGGGAAAGAUGCUGUUGACACCAACAAGCUUGUGGCCCUGUACAAUUUUUUGAAAAAUACUCUGAAAAACAUUCCCUGAAGAGGACCCGAAAUGAGCAGCAGGUGUUCGUCCGCAGCGUUCUUCGGUCCAAAAUUCGUGACAUUGCAAAAACUUACAAGAUCCAAAAGAUGCGAGAAGCCUUGAAAAAUGCAACACAUUGAAGAUGAACAUCCACGUCAUCAAGUCCAUUCCAGUUGCCUUCCCAUUCAACAUAUGGUGCUGAACCUUCAUUUGGUCUUGUGGGUGGCCCAACGGACAUUGCUAGGGUGACGGACGGCACAAGCAGUAUUGCCAGCGUGGGUGUAGGUGAUCUUUGCCUUGAGUCAACACCAAGUAAUUACCCCACUGUUUCACGAGGAUAAGGCUCCUUACAAGGUGUUUUCGCUCGCAGGCCCCUGUACGCCCUGUUUAACGGUCAGCUCCAAGGGUCCGCGAGCCUGUGAAACCGAUGCAAUACUCUCAAAGCACAACUCCAGCCGUGGCCUAAAUGGCCAUUCAUUCCCGUCAUUUCACGGUCGUCUAGGUAUAAAAAGAUGUUAUUGGUACCGAAACAGUACAUGGGUGCAGCCAUUUUGAAUUUUGUGACGUCACCACGUGCUUGGCUUGUUUGUGAAUUCAACGGUGGCUUGAGUGUGUAUCAUGUGUUGUUAUGGUCUUGUGACACACAAGCCUGCCUGAAGCCACGCACGCAAAAAAAAGCCAAGCACAUGGUGA